AUGUCGGCGGUGCAUCUCCAACUAGAAGACCCCGGUGCGCCUCCCUUCGCUGCCAAAGUCGUCGAGAUACUCAAUGCUGCCUUCGACUCAAAGAAUACCAUCUCAGCCGAAAAGGCCGCCGCGGAAAUAAACUCGCUCUUCAUCUCAAAUUACGAAGAACAUGGCACAGCAGGUUCUUUCCUCUGGUGGUUCUGGGACCUCAUGCACGACUUAUCCCGCCAGAUCCCUUACAACCAGCGUGAACAAGAUCAGCUGGCCGCAGUCAUCAAGGCGCUCGUCUGCCUCCCGCCCAAGACCGUGACUCUUGGCGAAGAAUGGGGAGGUGCAAGAGAGAGCUCGGUCGAUGUGUGGAAGAGUCUUCCCAUGUUUGCGAAUACCUUGAACGAGACGCUUAGUGACGGCGAUCCAAGAGCUCCCAGUGAAGAAGCAAGAAAAGACCGACAGGUGAACCUGCAAGCAUACGCAGCCCGAGUCGCAGGCCUAGGUCUCGUCCCACUCGAAACAAAUGCCAUCUGGGCGCUCGUAGAUGCGCUCGAAGGCACCGUCAAGCCUGUACGCGGUGCCCCAGACGAAAUCAACUCAGAUCCAGCCGCCGUAGAGGAUAUCACACACAAGACACGCAUUGCCGCAGCUUGGAUGGUUCACGCCGGUCACCUCUUACACGGGCGCGAUGAGGUGGUCAGCGGAGCAACAGCUGGACCCCUGUGGAAGCUUGAUAAACAGGAAGCUGUGAAGAUGAGGCGCAAGUUCAAGGGGACUGAUGGGCUUUGUGCCGAACGGUGGCAGCUGUGGAAGGAGAGGUUUGCGGUCAUUCGGGAUGCUGAGGGGCUUGGUGAGAAGGCGCGGAAGGAUGCUGGAGAUGCUUACCUAGCAAUGGAAAAGAUUGAGAAGGGACAGUAG